GGACAUAUACAUUCGAUACUUCAAGGUCUGAUGGCCAAUUUAAAAAGACGGCCAGCAAUGCCAAGUUAAUGAAAUACUUGGGUGGCGAAUUUCAAUUCACUCCGUUUAAUGCAGCCAUCAAAGAUUCUGUGGAUUGGUUUAUUGCUAACUAUUCUACCGCUCGUACAGGCAAUAUUUAG